AUUAUGCACCUUCGUUCGUUAGUAUUCUCUCCUGCGGUACACCCCGCUAUUUUACCCUAUAUUCGUCGUUUUACUACUCCUUCUUAUGAUAUUUUCAAAAAGUUGAAGGACAGUUCCGAUGGCGGUGACUCUAGUAGCCAAUCUGCCAGCGCCGGUAGGCGCAAGCCUUCAGACAGGGUCAUACGUCUAGUUGACGAGAUACUUAAUCUCACAUUGAUAGAAUCUGCUGACCUCUGUGACCUCUGUCAAGAGCGUCUAGCCGGUCCUAACGUUAAUGGUGGCUUUAUUCCUGGAAGGUCUCCAUUUCCUCAUCCGCACACUUUCUUCUCAGGUGUUGGCAUGAUGCCCGAGCGAUUAUCACCUAUGGGUGUGAUGCCACAGCCAGUUGCUGCUACUGUUGAAACUGCAGAGCCGCCUCCAGCGGAGACUCCUCAACCUACAAAACCAGCCCAGAAGAGCACUGGCACUCUCACUUUGGUUGGUUUCGACGCCACAAAGAAAAUCGCUCUCAUCAAGCUUGUUCGUACAAUCACUGGUUUGGGGUUACGCGAAUCUAAGGAACUAGUGGAAAGCGCUCCUCGCCAGCUUAAAAAAGACCUUCCUUUGGAGGAAGUACAGAAACUCGCCCAGGAUUUGGAGGCUGCGGGUGCUACUAUAAAGAUUGAUUAAU